AUGGAGAAGCCAAACCAGUCUCAUUUGAAUGCAGCCAAGAGAAUUCUUCGCUACCUCAAAGGCACAAUAAAUGAAGAAAAUCCUAUAGAGAUUUAUAUCGAUAAUCGAUCAGCAAUUGCAUUGGCAAAGAAUCCGGUGUAUCAUGAAAGAAGUAAACAUAUUGAUACACGUCAUCACUUUAUCCGAGAGCAUGUAAAGAACAAAGAAGUCGAGCUGAUAUCUUGCAAGACAGAUGAUCAAGUUGCAAAUAUCUUUACCAAGCCAUUGAAAAGAGAACUUGCCUGCACCGUGAAAGAUGAAUCUACUAAUGGUAGCAUGAACACGAGGGGGAAACAAGGAAACGGAGGCAGUGGAAAGUGGAAACUUGUACCUGAGGUAACAAAGGAGGGACUUGCUGCAAGGGUGGUUGAUAGACAACAAGUAUGUAGGACUAUCUCCAGAGAAGAAAUGUUGCAUCUUUUUGAAUUUGGUGAUGAUGAGAACUCAGAAACACUGAUUGACAUUGGCCAAGAGUAUAGACAGGCAGAUACCAGGAAUAUUUCUUGCCAAACCGCAAAUUCUUUGAAAAAGAAUGCGUCUCGUUCUCAUGGAAGCUGUGCUUCUGGUAAGGUGAUGGAAAGCUUGCUUGGCAAGCACCGUCAGAGGUGGAUUUUUGAUUACCAUGAACAUGAGACUCUUUUGCAAGAGAAUGAAGAGGAAAAACUAACAAAGGAGGAGCAAGACAUGGCUUGGGAAGUAUAUAAGAGAUCAUUAGAAUGGGAAGAAGUGCAUCGAGUUUCCCUUGAUGAUUCCACUUUUGAGCGAAAGCCACCCAUGUCAAAUGGGGCAUCUUCUGCCCCAGAUGCAAGCAGCAUACCUGUGCCAAGCAUGGCCCGUCCUGCAUCUGAGGCUUCCAAUGGAGCAACUUCCCAGAGAAUUUUAAGGAGUCGUAUGGUGCAGCGGAAAUGUACUAAUCUCUCUCAUUUGCUGACCCUUAGAAGUCAGGGAACGAAAGCUGGGUGCACCACUAUAUGUGGGGAAUGUGCCCAGGAGAUAAGCUGGGAAGAUCUGAAACGGGAGGGUAAGGCAGCACGGGAGGGGGGUUGUACAGAGAUAAUGGGAUUUUGGGAUGGUUGUAGAUAAAUUGGAGGGAAAGUGUAAAUCAAGAAUGUAAUUCCACUAAUCCUUUCAAGUUAUGGAGAUGCAUGUUCCUUUGUGUUCUUUUCAAAUGCGCAACUUAGAUUAUUGUGCAAGGGCCUCGGUAACCAUGCACUGUUUACAUUUCA